CAAAAAUCCUAGAUACAGAGAACGCGGGUUCUUUAAACCUGCCAUGUUUGAUAAUAUAAAUGAAACAUCCAAACAGAAACAAAUAUCAACAACUAAUCAUGAAAAUUUAAUUGAAUCUCAUUUAAUAAAAACAGCUCAAAUAUUAGAAGAUACAUUAGAUGAACAAAUUAAUCGUUUAGAUAAUUUAAAUGAUGAUGAUUUAGAAGCUAUUCGUAAACUUCGAAUUAAACAAAUGAAAGAAGAAUCAAAACAACAUUCUGAAUGGUUAGCUUUAGGACAUGGUGUUUAUUCUGAAUUAUCAAAUGAAAAAGAUUUUUUUACUACUUGUAAAACAUCAUCAUUUGGUCUUGUUUGUCAUUUUUAUCGUGAUUCAACAUUUCGAUGUAAAAUUUUAGAUAAACAUUUAAGUUUAUUAGCUUCAAAACAUAUUGAAUGUAGAAUGGUAAAAAUAAAUGCAGAGAAAGCAACAUUUUUAACAAAACGAUUAAAUAUUCAAGUGAUACCAACUUUAAUUCUUGUUAAAAAUGAAAAAGUAUGCGAUCGUAUUAUUGGAUUUGAUGAACUUGGUGGUCAUGAUGAAUUCUCUACUGCUAUGCUUGAAUGGCGUUUAGCUAUUGGUAAAGUGAUUAAAUAUUCUGGUGACUUAACAGUUCCACCAGAUAUAGAUAAGAAAAAGAAAAAGUCUACAUGUAGUAAUUUAUCAAAUAUUACUACAAAACGAUGUGACAAUAAAUCUAUAUAUAAUAAGUAUUUUGACAAUAACAAUGAUGAUGAUGAUGAUAACCAAGAUAGUGAUUAAUUAGUUGUUGUUAUGCUAGUUGUAACUUCCUCUCUAUCUUAUAUAACAAUUCAGUUUUACGUGGCAAUUGUUUUUUUUUUUUAAAUUUUGUAACCAUUAUCUCUAUAUGCACAUGUAAACAUAUAGAAAUACAAAUUACAGAUCAUAUUUUACUUUGGAAUAAUGUGUCUUUGGGUUUUUAACUUCUUCAAUAUCAGCAAGAAAAAUAAAUAGGAAUACAACGGGUAAAAGUUGAUUAUCUCUGUCUGUCUGUCUCUCUAUAAUCAGAAGGGGUUUUGUGGAAAUUUUUUAGAAAUUUCAAUAGUUGAGAUCAUGAGUCAAUUGAAGAUAGAUCACCAGUGCUUCUAGGUUUUUGAUGUUCGUCUAGCUUCAAUUGACUCAUGAUUUCAACGAUUAAAAUAUAUUUAUUUGUAAAUAUUGUGUUUACAUUUUUGUUAAAUUUUUAUGUAUUUGAUAUUGUGUUAUAUAUUUCAUAUAGUAAUAUAUCUAUUUGAUUUUUUGUUCUUUUCUUUUUAAUCGAUGUUAUAUUUCAUCAUAUAGUAUUAUAUGUAUUGUUGUAAAGAAAGUUCCUUACUUG